CUAACUCUUGACGGACGGAUUUUUUUGUUUUAACUUAGUUACUUUGACCAAAAAAGAGUAGGACAUCAUCUUCGUGUUUAUGUUCUCUUAAAUUGGUGUCCUUAUACCCAAUGUGCGAGGUGGAUUGCCGCAACCGACUUUUCGUGGAGUCCCACGUGGGCUUUAUGAAUUCUGCCUUGAGGCUGCGGUGGUAUGUUUUCCCACUGAAGACAAACACAUGAAUAAAUAGCCGCUGAACUUAUCAUUUUAUCAUAUGUGUAUUUGUCCCUUGUGGGCUUCUUAUCAUAGCUUGUUUAGUGGAGGCAGUUGUCUAUCUGCAUUCCUCUAACGAUAUUAGCGCUUUGGAGCUGAUAGAGAGGAUGGUAAAGCGGGGUGAAUAUGGAUGUUGGCUAUUUUGUUGAACUCUUUGGAGGUAGGAUUCCUGGGUCCUUUGCUGUAUUCAUGCUUCUCACUCAGGCAACGUCUCUAUUCUUAAAUUUGAGCCGCACAAUUUUUCUAUGCUAUGCAUGCUGAAAGAAAAUGGUGUCAUAUAUUUCAGCAGGAUGACAAAAGAGUGGAGUGAAAAUAAAUUGAUUCGCCUUUUUUGUUCAUGGAAACCUCACCUGUAGCUUCGUGCACGUGACAUGGAUUAUUGCUCCUUUAUGGUACUGGGAUGCGCAAAAUUGCUUCGGUUCUUCCCUUUCUCUGCAUCUGAAGCUUAUCUUUGAUACAAAUUAGUAUUAACUGCAUGCUUUCUCUGCUUCAGAAUCGUUCCCCUUCCGACUGGCGCCCUAUAGCAGCCUCAGUUGCGUUUGGAGUGAGCGUGCCAAUUUUUUUUUAUACGACAUAUCGUAUAAUUUCGAAUUUCUCCUCGAAUAAGUUUCCAAGUCCUUCAAGAGAUGUUCCCUCAGUGGAUUCAGACUGUCUGAGAGUCUGCAAGUGGCUAGCUGCUAGGAAUGUUUCGUCGGACGGUGUUCUCUUACUUGCGCGACAUGGCGUGGACGGAAGAAAGCUCCGAAGUCUCACCUCUCAUGAGUUGAAAGAGAUGGGGCUCAGUGAUCGAGACUGCAAGAUUAUUUGGUCACUUCUUUUAAACUUGAUAUGCAUGGGCGAGAAGACGGAAUCCGCCGAAGACGCGAAUGCUAGACCUCAGAAAGAAACUCCAUUAAACACGACUAAUCUUCAAUCUUUCCCUCUCAACGAUUUUCUAUCCAAUGCGGGCCAUUUCAUCAUGGAGGUGAUGCUUCCGGAUUCUUCAGUGAGCGAAUCAGCUGCCUCGAAUCAUCGUGCGCAGAUGGCCGUGCGUCUAUACAAGCUACUCGAUCACUUCCAAUGCCUCGACAUUCCCGAUCAGAAGGCGGCGAUGUUGCCUUUGGCGCGGCAGCUCAAUAGCUUCCUAGCUUCUCCAGCUAUGUACUCUCCGGGGCCCUUGCACUUUCAAGACAGGGCACGGGAGGCGGUUGAGCAUGCACCUGCGCACCCUCCACCAAGAGCACCAAUCGCCCUACCUCAGCCAAAACCACAUCCGGAAGCAAUUCCGGAGGAAAUUGUCAAGCGCGUACGCCCCCUUCACGAGAUGGCCGACAAGUUUAUCGAGAUACUCUCAUCCGAGCAAGUUCGGAAUACUUCAAACGCGGAAUUUCACGCCCCGGCAAAGCGUAUCGCCGAAGAAAUAACGAGAGUUUUGCAAGUGGCGGAUGUACUCCCGCCUCCCUUGCGGGAUCCGCUCGUUCUGAAGUGUGAAAAGGUGUUGGGUAUGAUCACUACACGAUUGGCGAAUAAACGCAAUACCGAUCAAGACGCUCCUGCGGAGGCCGUUGCCCAGGAUCCUCAGGCCCCCACAACCUUCCUUCACAACGCUAACGAGGCAGUUUCAUUUCCCGCAGCUAUCACACGAUUGCUCGAGGUGUAUGAGAAGGUUAGCAGCCCGGAAAUCCUGAAAAUCGAACCUGCCCAACGCCGGAAGUUAAUCGGAGAGUGUUUGGUGGAGCUGCGUUCUAUCGAGGCCCCUUUGAGGGCAUCAAGCGACCCGCAGGCGAUCCAAAGUUGUGAGAUGUUUGCCCAAGUCUACACCAUUCUGCAGCGCCUUCACGAGGUAACCGAGGAUGAGUACCUGCUCUCGCAGAAGAUGCCCGCGCAGGGCGCUGAGACGGCCGGGAAGGCACUUGCCGGUGCGCGGGAGGAGCUGGAGGGGAUCCUAAAAGUGGUCUCCCGUCUUCAACGGGAAAAUGUUUCGCCAGAAGUCAGGCAGGCGGUCGAGGGGCAACUACGCGAGAGGCUUGUUGAGCUCCUGGAAAGUACCGCGAGUGUACCCGAAGCCGAGCGAAAGGAGCUGCGGCUUCAUGUUACUCGUAUUUUGGAUCUGCUGCCGGGCCCCAAGCAAGGCUCAUUUGAAAAGGCAGAGGAAUCACACGGGGAAGAUAAGUUUACCGGUCAUGACAACGCGAAAGAGAAGAAAGAGGAAGUCAAAGAAGAGGGUGAGCAACAUGAUGAUGCGGAGUCAUUGCAAUCAGGGCAUAUUGUGGCUGAGGCAAUGAAUCAAAUCAAACGCAUCUUUAUUUUAUUGAAUUCGGAUCGGUUCCUCAACUCCAAUCCGGAGGAAAAGAGGAAACUUGCGAAGGAACUUCUCAAAAGCACCCACUCUGCCGCCGAGGUGCUUAGGAGCAUGGGGUGCGACAAGGCCCUCAUCACACGGAUCGUAACCCCACUCGAGGAGAUUCUUAUGGAAAAUAUAGAAAGUGGAAGUACGCCCCAACCAGUCAGCGAAACCAAUAAAACCCUCACCGCUAUCCACGACUCGCUUUCUUCUCACAUGUUUCAGCAGAGUGAUCGGACUGAUAAGCUGAACCUCGCAAAAGUUCUUUUACCUCAGCUGCGAUGCAUUGAGGAAAACCUUCGAUCGCUUCCACCCCUUGAGCAAGCCGCGACGGAGAAGCUCCUGAAAUCAAUCAACCACAAGCUCAAGGGGAUUCUCAACGACGCCGAGCCCGAGUGUCCGACGUCUGAGCCUGGGGCGGACGAACCCAUCGCGGAGGAGGCCACCACCACUCCCGAAAAUCCCCACGAUAUCAUGAAACGCAUCGAGGGAGUCAUGAAUCUCAUUCAGAGCAGGGAGUUCAUCGAAACGACGAUGGAAAGGCGUCUUGUGAUGGUGAUGUCCUGCAUAUCAGAGCUGAAAUCGAUUCAGGAGCGUUGCGAAAAGUUGAGCCCGGAUGUCCGACGAAGCUUAGAGCCCAUCGUUUCGCAGAUUCACGCACAGCUAAAUCGAAUCCAGCAGAAAGCCGUUCCCGCCGUUCCCGCCGAUUCCGCCGCUCCCGUCGAGGAGGCUCCCACGUCUCCACCGGCUGCGAACGCGGAGGAUGCGGGCGAACCCAGCACCAACGCCGAUCGGAAGGAGCUUUUCCAGAUGAUAGCGCAGCUUACGCGUGAGCUACGGCAGGGAACGACGAACAACCUCGAGCUCAGUGAUGCGGAGCUCGCCCCUUUAUGGAGUUUGCUCGAGAUGGUGGAUUCGAUGGGCGAGCUCAGCGCCGAGGAGGUGCGUUUGCGCGAGGAUUUUGAAACGGUGCUGCAGCUCGCCUGCCAGCGAUCAUCGUUGCCGGGAGAAGGGGAGACCGACGCCUCGUCAUGUGUCGCUGCUGCUGCUUCGCCACCUGAACAGCCGCAACCGCAGCAAUCAGAGACGGAGGAAGGCGCCACGGAAGGGGGGUCUAUGAGCAUCCUUCAAGAGGCCAUCAAAGAUAUCAACUCUUUCAUCCUCGUCUUUCGAUUCAUUCGGCGUUCCAUCGAGGAGUGUGAGAGCAUUUCUAUCGACCAACUCGUUUUGUUCUCCGAUUUAGUACAAAAGUCGCUGGACACCGCCGCGAAGCGCGGCGUCGUGUGGCAAGAGAACGAGGAGGCGGUAGCCGCCGUCAAGGCGGUGCAGGAGAGCUUGACGAAGGUGGAAAGAGUCGUGAGCUCUCAGGGGGGAGGCAUGAUUAUGGGCAUCGUUGAAAGGGCGCUGUCUGAGCUUGAGGAGUGCCCUCCGAAAUCGAAUGAGGUUUUGCAGUCGUAUCUACAGCUCUACGAGGAAUGCGUGGCGCUGCUCUCGAACAGCCCCGAGGCGACGGAGCUUUUGAACCGCCUUAAAACGCGCAUCAUGGAGGUUGGUCGUGAUUUGAAUCCCACCAACGACGAGGACGCCGCGAGCAUCGAGGAUCGCCUUUCACAAGCCCUCUUCGACCUCUCAUACAGGCUUCGGGAGCCAAACCUCUCUAAAGAGGACCUGGACGAAUGUGAGAAGAUUCUCGACACCUGGAGCGAUAUUAAGACUGACAAUCCUGACUUUAAGGAAGCCAUCGCGGCGAUUCGCCAGCAGGUAGAGUUGAAUCGGCAGUCUCUCGAGUUCGAUGAAGAAGCUUCAUCUGAGAGCAACAACGACGACGGGGCGGCGGCAGAAGAGAGGAAGGAGCCUUUGGAGGAGGAAAAAGCGGAGCCCUACCCAGCCGCUUCCGGCGUUGCUUUCACGGAGGAUGACGUCGACAGCGUCACCGAUCAGGUGGAGCCUCGUGUGACUGUGAAGCCUUCGCCCCUGCAAACCUAUGACCACAUCCCCGGCGGCCUCGAAAACGAGCUCACACUCCUGCCCAAGAUCGAAGCCUGCAUCCAAAAGCCCACAGAGCAGUUCGUCUCCAGCUGCAACCUCUUCGACAUCCAAAGCAUCAGCAAAGUGCUGCUCCAUAUAUCAUCGAACAUGGAAAAGCACCCCGAGCUGCAGAGCCGCAUCAACGCCGCGAAGGUGAAAUUCCUCUCCAAGCUGCAAGCCUUCGAGGUGGCCGAGGCGCCCUCGCAGGACGUCCAGGCCUCCCACCACCUCCAGGUCACCGUCGAGGACACCACCGACGAGUCCGGCCUGCGAUCCUACCACUUCAUCGUCUUCCACGCCGACGAGGCGGAGACGUACCCGACCAAUGAGGUGGUCAUGGGGGCCCUGCGAACGCCCGCGAAUGCCACGCGCACGGAGGUGGGCGAGGCCGCCGUCCAGGACUGGGCCGGCCGCAGCACCGCGCUCAUCAUCCUAGGCUGGGACAGCUCCGUGAGUGAGGGGACCGCGCUGAGUGAGUUGGUCGUGCUGCAGGAGGUCCUAACCCGGCGGUAUGGGUUCGACGUCGUGUGUGUCACAGGGCCGACAACGGACGCGGCUCGGGUGGUGGACCUCCUUACUAACCUCGUCGCCGUCGGGGGGCUGUCCCGGCUGUUCGUCUUCUACCACACCCCACGCCCGGCGGCCGGGGUCAGCGUCCCGCAGGCGAUGACCUUCCACGACGACUCCGUGCUGGAGCACCGACGGGUGCUGGAGCUGACGGCGGGGGUGGCGCGGGUGGUGGUGGUGCAUAGCAUGCCGCGCCGGCUCGAGGUGAUCGCGCGGCUCGGUGAGACAGUCAGUCCCGCGAUGUCGGUGCUGGUCACCUCGGCGGCGGCAAAGGAGGUGACGAAGGUGCGAUGCUUGCUCUAUGAAGGUCUUUUCACCCCGAUCGUGGUCGAGCUGCUUUGCCGGGAUGAGGGGAACAUGCUCUGCCCGGAGGACUUGGUGAACUAUGCCAUCACCGCCAUGACGAGGUUAACGAUUGAAUUCGGCUCUUUUCUUAAGAACGAGGCGGCUAGCAUGGGCUACUUUGUUCCUAUUGAUGAAUAA